AUGGGUAAUAGUAAUUCUUCAAAAUUUCAUCGAAUAUCAAAAAAAUGUGUGCCGUCAUCGAGUAUGUCAUCAUCAGUAAUUGGUUCAAAAAACGAAAAAAAAUAUGUUGAUCAAAGUUUAAAUAACAAAACAAAAUCUAUGUAUGAACUUUCAACAAAACUUAAUGAAACAAAAAAUAAACAGGAAAGUAAAGAUAAUUCAAUUGAUGAUAUAAAAGUGGAUAAAAAAAAUGAAAUAUUAAAAGAUAACAUAAAAGGAGAUAGUAAAUAUUUAUCAAGUAAUGAGAAGAAGAAGAACGACAAAAUAAGUAAACGUCAGAUAUGCCGUUCACAAACAGUUAGAAUAAAAUUAGAUAAUGAUAUUUUGGAUAUAGAUAGCAAAAACAACAGUGUUAGACCAAUUAUUAAACCACCAUCAAAAGUAAUGCCAUUAAUUCAUUCUACCUCAGCAAUAAAUUUUUUAAGUAAUUUGCGGAGUGACAAUUCAUCUAUAACAAAUAAUACAAAUUCUCAAUUAUCAAAAAAAUCUUCAUUACGAAGUAAAAAAAUUUCAUUACCAAAUAAAGAUAAAGUUAAUAAUUCAAUUUCACUUAUUAAAAAAAAUUCUAAAAAAGAUUUACAUCCAGUUUCAAAUUUAGGUAAAGAAAUAAUUAUAUCAUGUUUUGAAAAUCCACAUGGUGAUUUGGGGCAAAGAGUUAUUGGAAGGUUAUAUGAAAAAAGGAUUGAUUAUCAAAAAUUUAUUAUAACAUUUGGAAGACAAAAUAUGCGUGUAUUGGCUGAUCAGUUAAAAUUAUUAAUGGAAAAUGUUGUUGAAAAUUUAGAUAAUAUUACAACAAUUGAAAAUUUAUCAAAAGCAUAUGGGGAGGCACAUGUUGAUCUCAAAGUUUUUGGUUUUAAACCAGAUUUCUGGGUAGGACUUGCAGAUUCUUUAACAGUAGAAUGUGUAAUAUUAGAUCAAGCUACACAUUCACCUACAGAUGUCGUUGCAGCAUGGAGCCAAUUAAUUACAACAAUAUUUUCAAAUAUCAGAGAUGGGUAUUAUGGAGCUUUAAGGUUACAUAGAAUUGCAUCAAGAAAAAAUAUGAUUGCAAAAAAAACACUUAGUAGUGAAAUUAGUAGUAGUAAUUCGCAACAAACAGAUUCAGAUGCAACAAAUUCUUCUACUCUUCCAAUAUCAAGUGUAAAUGAUAAAGAUAUAAAUUUGUUAGAAGAAAUAAAAAAUUACAAUAAUAAUAAUGAUGCAAAUCGUACUUUUAUUGAUUAUUCACAAAAAAAAGUUAUAGAUUUACCAAAAAAUAAUAACCCAUCAAAAGAUAAUUCUAUAGUAAAAAAGAUUACUUCUUUUUCUUUAUCAUCUAAGCCAUCUUUAACACGAUGGAAAACUAUACAGGAUUAA